AUGGCAGUUUUCUCGCUCUUUGCUACCACAUUCAAUCUCUCACACUAUCACACUCCUUACAAUUUCUUCACUUCACUACAAAAUUUCUGUGGGGAUUCAUUCUUCAAUUUAAAGGCUAAAGGAAGAAUUAUCAGAAUAUGUUGUACGAAGGUUCGAGUUGUGUCAUCGCAUUCCAACCCCAAAAUUCUGAGGCACAAUCGCAAAUCCAGGUUUGGACUGCCAGUGUCUCCUUACGACAGUGAAGACAAAGAAGAAGAAGAUGAUGAUGAAGACAGUGGUGGUGACGAUUGGAUUUCUGAUAAAGCAGAAAGUUCUAAGAAAAGAUUCUCUCGUUUGUCAGAAGAACUAGACAUAGACGAAAGGUGGUUUCCACUUCUUGAUUAUUUGAGCACUUUUGGUCUUAAGGAAUCACACUUUAUUCAAAUGUAUGAAAGACAUAUGCCAUCCCUUCAGAUAAAUGUUGACUCUGUAGAGGAAAGAUUGGGAUAUUUGUUGAGUGUUGGAAGCUUGGGCAUUCCAGAAUCGAGAAUAGGGCAAAUAAUUACUGCCACCCCAUCCCUGUUCUCUUACAGUACUGAUAAUUCUUUAAGACCUACAGUCAGGUACCUUCUCGAGGAGAUAGGAAUCGAGAAGCAUGAUCUAAGUAAAGUUGUGCAGUUAAGCCCUCAAAUUCUGGUUCAGCGGAUAGACAAUACAUGGACUACUCGUUUCAAUUUUCUGACAAAAGAGUUGAGAGCACCCAGAGAGGGUAUUCUCUCUAUCAUUGGAGGGAAAUCUGAACCCAAAUACAUGUACUUGAUCAAUGAACUUAGAAAUGAGGUCCAUUCCCUGACCAAAUAUCCAACAUACCUAAGCUUGUCUCUCGGCCAGCGAAUUCGACCCCGCCAUAGGUUUUUGGUUUUCUUGAAGAAAGCUCCGAAAGGACCAUUUCCUUUGAGUUCACUGGUUCCAACUGAUGAAAGCUUUUGCCACCAGUGGGCAGGAACUAGCAAAUAUCUGGAAUUUCGGGAGAGAUUGCUUCUCAAAGAGUUUGCAAAGAACAAAUUGAGAUACUCUUUUCCUGGAAGCACAUUAAGGUCCAGGUUAUGUCUAAAUUUUGCUAUAUAA